GGUAUUGUUGAAAUGUAUAUUAAGACGACUCACAUAUUGUAUCGUCUUGAGCUAUACCGUAUAUCGAUGUUAAAAAAGUACAGACGGCUAAAACAUAUUUACAGGAUGGGACUAUAAGAAUAGCCUGUAUCAUCAUUAUCACUACUUUUCCAGAGGUGGCACUAUUUGUCCUACUAAACUGUAUUAUGUUGAUUUUCAGAGCAUGGAAAGAGCAGCUGUUCCAAGUCUAAUGGAUUUUCAGCCUCACAGUCAGCACUUCCUUCGGGCUUAGACGUUGGCCUUUUUUGUAUGGCCAAUCUCCUGUAUGACAUGAACAGCCUUUAGUUCUGUGGAAGAAACAUGGGAUAUGACACCACUUUGCCAAGGUCACUGCAAAUUCCAAUGCAGAAUCUGGGGAUAUGAAUAGGGAGUUGGAAGGAUUUUAAAUGAAUGGAGAAUGUAAAUCUUGAGUGCAGGGCCGGCCUUAGCCUUUUGGGGGCCCUCUUGACAGCAGAGAGAAACAUUUAAAGUUUUAAAUUUAAUUUCCUGCAAUUCUACACAUUUUGCCAUGGCGCGGAGAGAAAAAUGUGCAAUUGUACAGAAUAUUUACUGAAAUUCUACAUAUUUUGCCAUGACUUAUAGCAUGUUAAUAUGAUAUCUGAUUGAGAGUGACUAACCAAAUCAAAGGGGGCUCAUGCACACAUGCCCUUCGUGCCCGGUAGGUAAUUACUACAAGUUUAGAUAGCUAGGUAGACUAAUUUACCAAUCUAAAAAAUGCUACCUGACGAGCUAAUUGAGUGACUGACAUAGCAAGAGGAAAACUGCUAAUGCAAAAUGCACAACAUUGCACCUUGUGUAUUAUCCUAUUCUAAAGCUCAACAUUAAGUUGAGUCCCUGACUCAUUUUUUUUAGUUGAGGGCACCAUAAAGGCCGUGGGUCAAGCGCCUAUGUCACUUAUGCCCAGGGCUGGCUCUGCUUGAGUGUUAGUUUGGGUCUUCUGUAUGUUUUCAAAAGUCUCUCUGUAGUCUAACAGUGCCCCCCUCUGGUAAUGAAAUCUCUUCUCCAUUCAUGGGCCUUUUGUCAAUUAGAUUUGCUCACCUCCUCCGUCCUCUCUUGCCUCCUUUGAAAAAGGAAAAAGUUAAUCGAGGACAGUCGGCGAGGAGUGAACUUGGAGAAAUGCGCUUAAUUGAAAUGAUUACGGUCCUUCUCCACUCACUCGUCAUUAGGAAAAUUACGUUUACUGGGGUGGAUCCCAAAAUAAGUGUAAAGUCAUCAAAACAAAUGAAGUUAAUUGUGCAAGAGAUUUUGUAGAUAAAACAAACAAUAAGUAGCAUAUUGUUUUUAAACGUGUGCAUGUUUUUCUCCUCUGACAAAACAAAAGCUGAUUCCAAGGGGGUGUGGAAGAUUUAAAAACUUCCGCGGUAGGAUACACAUGAAUAUCCUUGAUGAAGAUUGGCUAUCGAGAAGGGGAGGACACUUUCGUUUGCCUACUAAUGACUUGACACACUCUUGACCACCUAUCGGUUUCCUGGUCAUGGAGGAGAGAGGACGGAGGACGUUAUUUUGCCCAAACGAGAAAACCCCAUAGAGACUACGACUCCUUGAAUAAAGAGGAUAUUUUUGACAACAACAACUUGGCUUUCCGGGUUGCAGAGGACAAGCUGGGGAUCGCUGCUCUGCUGGAUGCAGAGGACAUGGUGGCCCUGAGGAUCCCAGACCGACUGAGCGUCCUCACCUACGUCUCCCAGUACUACAACUACUUCCACGGACGCAACCCUAUUGGAGGGGUGGGUGCUGUGAAAAGACCAGCAGAGGGCUCUAAGGAGGAGCCAUGUGGAAAGAAGAAUUUCCCGGUGGUGGCCAAAACCACGGUGUAUAAAAUGGCCAUAGAGAAUCGUCCACCUCCUUCCUCUCUCAUGGUGAAAACCUCCCCCAAAGCAACCAGAGCUGCUGUUCAGAAGACAGAUGUAUUGGUGGAGAGCUCCAAUAAGACGGGCACUCUCAGCAGUAAAUGUGUUGUGUGCAAUUGCCACGUUCAUCUGGUCCAACGGCACUUCAUCGAUGGGAAGCUUUACCACAGGAGCUGCUUCAAGUGCAGUGAAUGCUCCAACGUCCUCCUGGCUGGGGCCUAUAAACCAGGGAAGGAGCCAGGUUGCUUCAUCUGUAAUGACCACCAGAACACCAAGAAUGACUACAACAAGCCUCCCUCUGGGGUUGUCAUCCAGACCGGAUGCCCAAGUGCCAACGUUGAAUCCAAAAGUGACACCAGCGGAGUCCAGUCUGUGUCCUGCCCCACCUCUGUGCCUUUGACUCCCAUCAAGGGUGUCUUGAAGCCCGUGGAGACCACCACCCCAGCUCCCCAACCAUGGACCAGCUCGGCCCAGAGAACCCAGGCAGCACGGCAGAGGUUCUUCCAGUCAUCUUCCUCCACCCCAGAGGUGCCCUCCAGCAGCCAGAAGCCCUCAGUACUGCCGAGGGUGCCCCUGAGUCCCGAGGAAGAGAAGAACCGAGCCAGGGCCGUCAUUACCAAGAAACUAGUUGAGGCGAACUGCAACAACAAUAACACCAGAUACUUUGUUAUCCGACCAGCAGAAAGGAGGUUUGAAGAUAUGGUAAGCUCAGAUGACCUCCCCAGCUGGAAGCAGGCUGAAUGUGGGCCAGGCACAGCAGGACAACUCUUCACCAGCAAUAAGGAAUUGCUUAACACCGUCAACAAAGCCAGCGCCAGACCAACAACUGUAUCCUCCACCAUCAAAGUACAUGCAGACCGUGCAGAGGCUCCUGUUAACUGGCGAUCAAAGCUCAAGCCUGUUAAAAAUGGACCAGGACUGAAGACCUCUGACUCUGAGAACCAAGCGAUCAUUGUUGAGCAACCCAAAUCUGAAGCCAUCUUGAAGUCUUUUGCUACUAGUAUCGUCGUCAACAUCCGCUCUACCUCUCCUCCGAUUCCCCCACCUGCCUUCAACCCUCCUCCACCUGGCCCGGUGUCUCACAGAGCUCCGUCUCCCAAGCAGCCCCAUUGCGGCUCUGGAGGCUUGGGUAGUAAAAAUGGGAAUUAUUCUACUCCUCUGUCCACUCCUCCCCUGGUUCCUGUCUGGCACAGGGUUCCCACUCCAAAUAAGCCUUACCACAGCUUUGCAGGAUCGGGCUCAACGGAAGGCAAUUCUCCCCCUAUAUCUCCUAAACAGCUUCGCCAGAGCUCCACAGGCUCCAAAAAUGGAAAGUAUUUGUCACCCACAAACACCUCCCAGUCUGAAAUGAGGUCACCCUCGUCCCAUCAUAUCCCCGUGGACCAGAUAGUGAAGGAGCUGCGUGAUAUUGAAGACAUCCUGGGUGACUUGGAGAGGAAGGGAGUGGAGAUGGAGAAGAGGCUUCGCAGCUGUGAGGAAGAGGGCAAGGGAGACAUUUUGAUGGACCCUCUGAUGGUUGACUGGUUCAACCUGAUCCAAAAGAAGCAGACAUGCAUUAGGAGGGAGUCGGAGCUUGUGUACAUAGCUAAGACUCAAGACCUGGAGGAGCAGCAGCCUGGGGUGGAGGGUGAGCUGCGCAGACUGUUGGAGAAACCAGAUCAUCUGAAGUCGACAGAGGAGCUUCGGCGAGAGAGCAGUCUGAUGGAGAGGCUGAUGGAGAUUGUGAACGGUAGAAACGCCAUUGUAGAAGGACUGGAUGAAGACAGGCUCAGGGAAGAUGAAGAGGAUCAGCAGUUGAAUGAAAUGAUGCAGACUCUUGGACUUAAAAAAUCCAAAAUCAAGAGGAAGUCCUUCAAAAUGCUGUUCAGACGAAAAAGUAGUAAAAAGGUUGCCGUGUUUUGAUUGUUCUACCCUGCUCUGGGGGGUGUAUGCGUUUUCCAAUGUGUCUGGAUUGUAUUUAAAAAGGGUUUAUAUUUUCAAGUGUGUGUGUACACCAACUUGUGUUCAUGCUGGUAUUGGAGUUGCGCUAAUAAGUAACAAGAUUGUCUGUUGCUCAUCCUGAAAGAUCUGAACGUCAAAGACCAACUUUUUUUCAGCUACUUAUCAGAUCAAGUUGGGGUUUCGUCGCAAAGGUUUAUUUACAAAUGCUUUUUGUUUGAGAAGACUCCAGGCUUUCACUCUUCAUUUGGUGUUCAGUUGUUCUUGAGAUGGGUCUCAUGACACUUGACUGAUCAUAAUGUGCUGUUUUUGUCCCUUGUAAGGUGUGGUGUAUAUCUAAGAUCACAAUUUAGCUCAUGGUUUGCUUAACUUUAACUUUUUCCCCCCACACAUCUAGUUUGGGAUUGUUGUGAAGAGGUGUUCAAGAGUCACUAUUAGAAUGAGUCAAAUGCAAAAUGAUGUAACUGGUAUUGUUGCACCAGAUAAUGGUGAAGGAGAAUCCAUAUCACUGUGAUUUAAGAAGUUAGUAUCAAAAGAAGAGUGCCUUUAUGAGUGAUGUUUUUAGCUCCAGUGUGUCUAUUUUAAUACCAAUGUAUUUUAUUAUGCUUCCAAAAAGUAUGUUAUUACAAACAGUAACAUUUUGAGUGGAAUCUGUCUAGACCAGUGAAGUGGUGAGCAGCGUGUUCUACACUGCCACAUUUUUAAAGGCUGUAUUUCUCCUGUCGUGCUGUAGGUGGCACCAUGGUUUUACCUUACAGGAACCAGGCAGGAACCUGAAUCCAAUUCGCCACAGUACAGACAGUUAAUUUCUUUGCUAAUUUUAUAAAUGCUGCAAAAAGUUCCAACUCUGCUGAUGCAAUAACAUUGUGAAAGCUUAUGCACUGGAAAAGGCUUAUAGACUAGUGGUUGUAUUGAGCUUUUAAUCUUAAACCUGGUUUAAUUAAACAUACAUUAGUAUAGAAUGAUCUACUGAAGCAUUGUUUUAAGUAAACAUUGUUGACAUUUGGCGUCAUCUGUGAAACUGCUGUUUGAGGUAUGCACAGGUCCCAGUGUCUCGUGACUUUAAAAAAUUGGAAGGAAUGUUAAAUGAAUCUGUACAUAAUGUGUAUUUAUAUUUUUAAUUGAAAUGAGUUUGUUGUCCAAUAAAUAAUUUGAACAUC